CACGACGCUCACAAAAAGCAGAACAACAACUAAGAACCAGAGAGAGUGACGACUCUGCUCCGCCAUGUUCAGUGAAAGGAACAAGCAGUCUCAGCCUGAACAGCCCAUGAUAGCAAAAUCGCCGUCACAUUUCUCGUCGGAAUGCUGGUUCGACGACGCAUGCAUAUUGGACAUGGACUACUUCGUCAAAACCCUCUCAGGCAUUAAAGCAAAAGGCGUGCGUGCAGACCUAAUCGGCUCCAUCAUCAUCCACUACGCCUCCAAAUGGCUUCCCGAACUCUCCGACGGCAACAUCGACGUCGUCUCCAACAAACCCUCCCUCACUCAAUUCCAAGAAUCGCCGGAAAGCGUGACGGCCUCGUGGAUGAAGAAGCGAUUCUUCGUCGAAACGCUCGUCGGAGUUCUACCUCCGGAGAAGGACUCAAUCCCCUGCAAUUUCCUGCUUCGACUUCUGAGAACGGCGAAUAUGGUCGGCGUGGAGCUGAAUUACAAAUCAGAGCUGGAGAAGAGGAUAUCGUGGCAGCUAGAUCAGGCGUCUUUGAAGGAGAUAAUGAUACCGUCGUUCAGUCACACGUGUGAGACGCUGUUAGAUGUGGAGCUUGUGAUAAGGUUGGUGAAGAGAUUUGUGGGAUUAGACGUUGACGGAGGGAAGAGUGGGGUGGCUCUGAUGAAGGUAGCCAAAUUAGUGGAUGCGUACCUGGCGGAAACUGCCGUGGAUGCGAAUCUAAGCUUGUCGGAAUUCGCUGCGCUCGCCGGAGCUCUCCCUCCACAUUCCAGAGCUACAGACGAUGGCUUGUACAGAGCCAUUGACACUUAUCUUAAAGCACAUCCAAGGGUAUCGAAACAAGAAAGGAAAGGUCUGUGCAAGCUAAUAGAUUGCAGGAAACUAACCCCAGAAGCGUCACUACACGCAGCUCAGAACGAACGCUUGCCUGUGAGAGCUGUGAUCCAAGUGCUGUUCUCGGAGCAGACAAAGCUGACCCGUCACGUGGACUGGAGCGGCUCCUUCGGCAUGAGAAGCCCGAACGGCGGGGAUUUGCCGGUGAGGUCAUUCUCGAAGAGGGAGAUGCAGGCGCAGCAGAUGGAGAUAAGGAAGCUGAAGGAAGACGUGUAUAGGCUUCAGAGUCAGUGCAGUGUGAUGCAGGUGCAGAUGGAGAGGAUGAUGAUGGACAAGAACAAGAAUAAGGGUUUGUUCAGAUCAUGGAAGAAGUUAGGGAUUGCUGGGUUUGGUAAGACUGUGAAUGUGAUGGCUUCUAAUUCCGUGGACAAGAACAUUCAACGUGCAGAAGAUCAUGAUGAUGAUGGGUUUGAGAUUAGACAGACUCCUUUGGACAUCAAAACCAGAUCAUCGUCCGUCAAACCUCGGACUCCUCACAAGUGGAGGAAAUCUAUGUCUUGAAACAUUAACACAGCCUCUGAGAGAAUAAAAACUGCUUGCAUUACUUCGGAUUUCUUUUUUGUUUUUGUUGUGAGCUAGCUAGUCUAUAUAUAUAUAUAUAUAUAUAUAUAUUAUAUGUAAGUUUAUUUUGUUUGGUGUUAGACUUCCUGAUUGAUGUCAACUUAGAAAUAAGAUCAUGAGAAGAAUUUUGUUUUGGUCCAAGAUAAGUGAUUCCCUCUUUCUGGUGAUGUGAUCUCCAUUGUAUCAAUUGCAGGAGAUGCAAAUUAAAUGGGAAAGUACAAUGCAAGUUCUUAAUUGAAGUGCAUAUUUUUGAUAAA